AUGCGGCGCCGUCGACUUCCAAGGGCUGGUGCUCUGGCAGACCUCCCUCCGUCGAAGAUCAUACGCAAGAUCCUUGCGAUACAGCUAGCUUACUAUGUCUGCGCUACGAUUCUGAUUCUUUUUACCGCCCUGGUGGCUGGCACUGCGUUUUCUCCUGACCUUAUACUGAGCUGGCGGACUGUUCGGGGAGAUACAACUGUCGGAUGGACCCUUGGGUUCGUCUGGAUGUUGAACAGCUCUCUUGGGGCUAUAUUUCUCCUCCUAUUUGUUUCCCGAUCAAAACUGAUACCCGACUUCGCCUUUACGCUUCAUUUCAUUCAUCUUACAAUCACAUCCUUUUAUACACAUUCCGUCCCUACGAAUAUGCUCUGGUGGGGGCUACAGACUGCUAGUGCUACGCUUAUGACCUUCUUGGGCAUCUGGGCGUGUCAGUGGAGGGAGUUGCGGCCUAUUGCCUUUGGAGGCCAUGCUACGACUACCGGUACUAGGCAACAGCAACAGAACCCGGCCACAGACGCUGACAUCGAGAGCGGUAUCGACCUUGAGAAUAUCUCGAGAGGAAGAGGCAGAGGUCGAGACCGUGAUGGCGGCGGAGAUUACAUUGAGGUUCCUAGCAAGGAAGUUGAAUCUACUGCAUAA